UCUAUUGUGCGCCAAUUGAUGGAUACCGUUAUAACAUAAUAUAAACUGUGCUACAAUAAUGGCAAAAACGAAAUUAUUUGCCGAUGAUAUUGAUGUGUGCGGUCCAAGGUAUCAAAGAAAAUGUCUGAAGACACUUCUUUUUCAAAUACUCGCCAUAUCUGGAAUAGCAUUGUUGGUGGUCUUCAUACUCUUAGUCUAUCACGCAAUAAGGCUUGAUAGUGGCGGAAAGCAUCGUAAUUUUGACACAUCGAAUUCCCAACAUCAGAAAAUACUAAAUAAUCUACCCUACAAUCAUUUACCUCGAGAUGAAGCCGCUAAUAGUCCGACAUCCAACUAUGACUAUAAAAUAACCAAUAAGUAUGAUCGAACUUUAGACGUUCAGCAUUUGCGCUCUUCAGUUUCCUACCAUCGACGUCGUAGAACUCUGCCCGACAUGUUGGAUCCUUUAUUUUUAGAGCGUGGUCCAAACUUCGAUAGAUUGUACACAAAAGUGCGAGACAAACGAACACGUAAGGAGUUGGGUGAAUUAGAGAAAGAAUACUUUCGUUGCAAAAAGGAGUCAGUAAAGAGUAGCAGUUGCAUGGUUUCGUUUCUAAAGCUGUACAAUUUAGCUAAAGAAAUCAGUGAGAAAAUGGACAAAAUGAAAGAGAUAUUUAAUGAUAAUGAAGAAACACGCACACAGAGUAAAAGUUCAGAUUCGAAAGAGUCCAAGGAACUCAAGGAAGAUGUUCACAAGGGCGCUAACAGCAAAGAAGAAACUGCUCCGAAGACGGAGUCGAGUUUAGCUACAGUGACGGAUGGAGAUGGCUUUGCGCAACGAAAUUCUAGUACUAAAGAGGACGAGGAGCAAAUUCAUUUUAGUUGGAUUAUAGAUGGACAACACGAUAAUUCUGAAGAUAAAGACACUACGAAGGAAAGUACAAGUGGAACAACACCAAGUAUUUUGCCAAAAUCAACCGCGGUCAGGGAAGUGUCACCUACUGCCACAGAUAGUACUCAAAGAACUGUGACUUUAAACAAAAAUUUGGCUAAUAGUACAAAUCACGGAACUGAAAGUGCACAGACGGAAAUACCGAAGAAACAUAAUGAUACAAGUUUUGCACACACCGAAAAUGAAUCACACAAAAUAAGCUGGAUUUUAGAUGGUUUUGAAAGCGAUAACGAAACCGUACACGUGGAUAAAACCGUAACUCUAAAAACUAAUGCAGAACCGUCAGAAAAAAACAAAACCACGGAAUUUGCUGAGCAUACUUCUGCCACAACUCAAGCGACAAAGACAAUUGUAGAUGAUAAACCUGAAAAGAUUAGUUGGAUAAUAGAUGGGCAUCAUGAAGAAGAUGAAGGAAAAGAAGAUAAACCUAAAAAUACGACACAGCCCAGUUUAUCAAAAGAAUUAACUUCCAGUAUCACCGAAAAAAUAAGCUGGAUUUUAGAUGAAACUGAAAUUGAAGAAACAACCCCCAAAGCUACAUCAAAAUCCACCAUGAAAAUAGAAGACAAACCCGAUAGGAUCAGUUGGAUUAUUGACGGUAAUGAUGACCAUAUUGUAACUACGUCCACAUCAAGGACCACAUCGACGUCGACACGAGAUAUAUUUGAAGAAUUGGAAGCGGUUACGGAAGCUGUUGAGAAAGAAGAAGAUAAGCUGCGCAAAUUGAAAUAUGACUCAAUAGUUGAAGAAGUAAACAAAUCCUACGAACAAUACAAAAAUGACACUUCAACCACAACACUACCACGUGGGCACUCCACACCCUACUUGGUAAUGAAUCAAACAGUUAUUCUUACUAAUACUACAGGCAUUAUGAUAACUUAUGGCGGAGACUGCGUAACAACACGAAAACCCGACAUUGAACAUGAAAAAGCACGUACAGGCGGUAACGACCGCUCGCAUCCUCUGGAUUAUCCCUCCAGUUUAGAGAAUAUGCUUGAUAGCUCUGAGAAACAGCACGGUUUUAAACAUAUAGAACAAGAUAUUCUUUGGCCAAAUAUUAAGAACUCUACUCCAACCACAAGCGCUCCGUAUGAUCCUAAAGUUUGGGAAGAACUAUUUCGCAAAACCUCAGUGGUACAACAUCAGCGGGAUGAAUUAAUUGAUACAUUCGAGAUAGGAGAUAUUGACUCUAUGAUGAAAUUUGGUGCCAAACUGAAUUCAGCAAACACAAACACUUUCCAGGAUGCCCAAUUCUUGUCGUUGUGUGAUCAAGUGGCAAGACGUUUGCACAACAAGGGUGCUUACACUGUGUCUGACUCCUUCACGCCGGCACCGAGUUCGCAAUUUACAAGUCGUGGACCAGGAGGCUUUCCAGUUACUGGUGAAACAAUGAAGGCCACGGCUCAGUUCCUUUACAAUCCCAAUUUCGGUAUGCCUACCAUACCGAUAUGCUUUUACAUAACCCCAGCCAACUUCCGCGUAAGUAAUCAGCACCCUAUGUGGACACCAAAUUUCCAAGGCAUGCCGGUCAGCUAUACUAGCGGUCCCAUGAGUUUUAAUACGCCAAAUGGUGUUUUCUUUGUGCCUCAGAACGUUGGUCCAACGGGAAGUUUCUUCGGCCAAACAGGUGGUACGGGAAAUGGUGGCCAAAGUAAUAUGGGUAAUCUGUUUACGAAGAAUGCUGCACCAAGAAAACAACAACAACAAUUCUUCUGCACUUACAUGCAAAACAAUGCCAAUAAUAGUCCCAGUGGCACGAGUGGUGGUGGACUUGGUAGCAGUUUUAACGUGAUGGGAUUCCGUAAUGGAAGCUUCAAGAUGCGUACGAGUGCCCAAAAUCUGUCGAGCGAUAUAAUUUAUGCCUCCUACACCAAUAUUCCUGAUCACUUGGGCCAUGUGGAUCAUUUUCAGUGUCCGUCGCCAGAGCAGACAGGUUGUUAUGGGGGCAAAGAGUGUAUCCAGAAGAGUGCUUGGUGUGAUGGUUAUGUGGACUGUUCUGACGGUAGUGAUGAGGCAGCUUGUCGUUGCAUAGAUCGUUUGGCCAGCAAACGUAUUUGUGACGGAUACGCUGAUUGUCCGAUGGGUGAAGAUGAGCUUGGUUGUUUUGGUUGCUCCGAUUUAAUAUAUUCAUGUUACGGCAGUUCUGAGGAAUAUACUGCAUUUAAUCGGUCGACGGUUUCAAUGUGUUAUAGUGCAACCGAAAAGUGUGACGGCGUUAUGAAUUGUCUAAAUGGACGAGACGAACUUGAAUGUAAUAUUAUUGUCAAAGAUGUGUCGGAUCAUAUGUCCCACGCUGUGUCAAGUUCGAGCGGUUUCCUCUUCCACAAUUAUCGGGGUGAAUGGUAUCCUGUCUGCAACAAUGCUCAAAAGUGGGCUAAUGAAGCCUGUGCUAGUGAAGCCGAACACAGCGCAAUACCGAAUGUGACUUUCCGUGCGAUAACAUUACCCGGCCCCUUUAUUGAACCUACUUUAGUGGGACAGGCGCAUUUUCCGCAGUCUUGUCAGCAACGCGAUGUACACGAUAAUCUCGUGGAUCAGGCUGCUUAUGUGAAUUGCUCAUCAACCAUGUGUGGUUUUGUGAAGAAGAAGACUGUAAAAGCUUUUCGUCGAAAACGUUCAAGAGCUUUGACAGCAUCGCAAACAAUGAAGAAGCAACAACAGCGUGGCAUAUUCAAUGGACGCAUUGUUGGUGGCAGCUAUAGCGCACCAAUGCAAUGGCCGUUCGUCGUUGCCAUAUAUAGAGAUGGCAAAUUUCAUUGUGGUGGAACAAUAUAUAACGAAAAUUGGAUUCUUAGUGCCGCUCACUGUGUUAUAAACUACCAUAAAUAUUAUUAUGAAAUUUAUGCUGGAUUGUUACGUCGAACGAGCUUUUCGAGCUCUACACAAAUCCGUGCAGUGUCUCAUAUAACUGUGCAUCAGGCAUAUGAGAGGCGUAGCAUGCGAAACGAUCUUUCCCUUUUACGCAUGAGUGAAUCACUGAAUUUUAAUCGUUGGGUGAAACCGAUUUGCUUACCCGAUAUGGGUCGAACUACUGUUGGCGAAGAUUGGAUUUGGGGACCCGAAGAGAAUACGUUAUGUACGGUUGUGGGUUGGGGGGCAGUGCGUGAAAAAGGGCCUGGAAGUGAUCAAUUACGUGAGGUUGUUGUGCCAAUACGGAAGCAAUGUAAAGAGCUAGAUGACAGGCGGUCUGAAGACGUUUGUGCUGGUGAUUCUGGUGGUGGACGCGAUGCCUGCCAGGGUGAUUCCGGCGGUCCUUUGUUCUGCCGCAGUGCUAACAAUACUGAGGAGUGGUACUUGGCCGGAGUUGUCAGCCAUGGCAAUGGAUGUGCGCGCCCUGAUGAAUUCGGCGCAUACACACGCGUUGCGCUCUUCUUGGAUUGGAUCGAAAUGGCGACAAAAUUUCUAGCGAAACUUCGGCCCCGUUUAACUUGUCCCGGUUACAUUUGUGUGUGGGGAGGGAAGCGCUGCAUACCUAAAAAGCAACGUUGCGAUCGUGUUGUUCACUGUUUAGGUGGUGAAGAUGAGGUGGGCUGCACUUACAAUUUCAUUCCAGAUAUGGUCGGUAGUAGCAUAAAUGCAACAGCAACAACUGAAAGUGAUUAUUAUCCCGAAAAUUUGGUAACACUCCCAUACUGCAAAGCAGCGGACACAGAACGCCAGGCUCGCGUAGAGUCAGAGGAAAAUGAGGAUAAUACAACGGCAUUCACAACAGAAGUUCCAACAAUUUCAGAGAUAACUAAAACUGAUAGUGUAAAUUCCACUGAGUUUGGUAAGACUGAAACAAUUACAACAGAGUCUGGUAUAGAAGAGACUACUAUAAAUCAAACCACUACCAAAGAAUCAAAUACUUCUGAAGCAAACAGCGCCAAGCCAACAACUACCGAAAUCAGUACCACAGAGUCCACUACCGAAAGCGAAACCACAUUAUGGACUGCGGCAGACACACCAAUUAUCUCUCCCAGCACGACGGAAGUUAUUACAACUACUACGGUAGUGAGUACCACAGAAAUAAGUACAACAGUGAGAAUUGAGACAACAGAAAUGAGUACGACGGAGACCACAACUGAAACUACGACGCCCUCUAAAAUCACAACAGAAUCGUUAACGCCUUUUGAUAUUGAAAAUUUGGUUACAACUCAGCCAACGGAUGCUACGCUAUCUCCUACCCACAAGCCAGAUACAACGCAGACAUCGAAAAAAAUAGCAAAUGAUGUAACUUUAACUUCGGAAACGUCUAAUGAUUCAACUACGAGUAAGCCAAAGAAGUUUAGUAAUACCACUAUGCCGGGGAAAUUCGUCUGCCAAAGAAUACCGCAAAUCGUAGAGUUUGCAAAUCGAUGCGAUCGAGUUUUGGAUUGCGAAGAUGGCACGGAUGAGGAGUCCUGUACAUGUCGAGACUAUUUGAAAGGAUCUCUCAAUAUACUAAUUUGUGAUGGGAAGGUUGACUGUGAAGAUUUUACCGAUGAAGAGAAUUGUGGUGAUUGCAAUGACAGUGAAUUUCUGUGCCCACUUUCUAAAAUUUGUGUGCCGCUGCAAAAACGUUGUGACGAUACUAUCGACUGUGCUUUUAAGGAAGAUGAAAAGGACUGCUUUGCUCUAACGAAUGGAAAGAAAAUUGUUUUGGACGCCGAUAGGCGACCCGUUCUGAAUAAUGCCGGUAUAUUUUCUCGUAAUACUUACGGUAAAUGGCGUGUGGUAUGCUCUCAUGAGAUUCCUUUUUCGGAAAAAAUUUUCACAACGGCAGAAAAUGUAUGCGCACAGCUAGGUUUCAAAAGUUUAAAAUUCUACAAUACAACUAAAUUCAUUACACACGACUCCAUAGUACCCAUACAUCCGGAUAUUCAAAAGAAAACUAAAAAUUUGCGUAUACACUUUUCCGCCAUAGAAGAGGACAAUCACCAUUUCUCCAAUACGGAACGCCAAUUUCGUGUAAACGAUCAAGCAUUCAAGGCGCGCACUCAAUUCAUAGAACAUGUGAAGGAUGAGUGCUUUGGUCUCUUUGUGGAAUGUGAAGCCAAAGCUUAUAAAGUAGAGCCUAUUAAGACUGUAAGUGCGGGAGACGAAGUAUCGCCAUCGGGCUUGCCAUCAUCUGUAUUGCAGCCGGAUUUAGAAACGCAUGGUAAACCGAACGUCUUCGUAACACCGCCAUCAACAUCAUUUAUGGUGAAGAAGAAAGAUGAAGUGCUUGAUAAGUUGGACGGGUUAUUAAAGAACCAUAAGAAUAUGACACUUUUGAUAGAUAAUAAAUUACACGAGGCUGUGGAAGAGUUACACUGGCCGUGGGUGGUUGAUGUGUACGUCGAUGGACGGCUGUGGUGCGUUGGCGCCUUGGUUGAUAAAUAUUGGGUGUUGGUGCACGAGUCUUGUCAUUAUGGUGUUAGAUUCAAUGCCAAUUAUAUAGCUGCGCUGUUGGGUGGUAGCAAAACGAAAAGUCGCCGCCACAAAAGCACACACGAACAGAUACGACGGGUCGACUGUUUCGAGCAGGUGGCUAAAAGCGAUGUGCUGCUGUACCAUUUAGAAAAACCCGUGCGUUUUACACACCAUGUACUGCCGACAUUUUUACCCGACUUUGCUAAAAACGUGGCUGAUGAGUCUUACCAAUGCAUUGCUAUUUUACACGACGAACAGAGCGGCCGUAUAAAAGCGGUAUCCGCUAUUGAGGAACGAAAUGAUGCUCUAUGUAAAGUUUCGGACACAUCAUGCUUUCGGCUAAUAGAACAUAAACCACCAAGAGAGCUAAUAGGGCUUGGAUUAAGCGAUGAGGAUUUUGCAAGCUUAUCGGAGGAACUAAAAGAAGAUUUAGAUAAAAACAACGACUCGACGGGAUCGACAAUCUCUCGCUUCACAACAUGCACACAAUUUGGCAAGAAGAACAUUAGUCGCACAGCUCUCGAACCUGUCGAUCAGGGCAUUUUGUCAUGUCGAAAAACAGAUUCCGGCUGGUUCCCAUUGGCUUUAUUCGACUACAAUAAUACAAAUUGCUACAGUUUUAAGGAUUCAUUUGCUUUGCGUACUCUAGAAAGGGUUUACGGUGAAAUGCAGAAAUUAAUAGACCAAUCGAAAUGUGAGCAUUCUAACGGGGCGCCGGUUUGUAGCACUUUUCGUUGCAUGCUCGGUGAUUGUUUGGAAGAGGAACAAAUUUGUAAUGGCAUGAAUGACUGUCAUGAUGGAGCUGAUGAAGAGAAAGAAAUGUGUAGUGGGCGUAAAAAAGUUUGCCAACCAUCGGAAAUGAAAUGUAGGUCUACAUACAAGUGCAUACCAAAGACGAAAUUUUGCGAUCACAUAGCUGAUUGUGAUGAUAUGACUGAUGAACCUACACUUUGUUCCUGUUACACAUAUCUGCAAGCCACAGAUCCGAAGAAAAUAUGCGAUGGCAUACGCAACUGCUGGGACAAAAGCGAUGAAAGCCCAGCGAUUUGUAAUUGUACCGCGAAUCACUUUCCGUGUGGCGCUUCAUCAAAUGAGUGUGUGCCACGUGACUUCGUUUGCGAUAAAGAACCGGACUGUCCAAAUGGCGAAGAUGAGAAAUACUGCGUGGGUCUCGAAUUUCCGCAAGAGAUAAUAACGCGAAAGGUCGGCUUUACUAAGCCACCGCAACUCAAGCACAAGCAAUUACCACAGUUCGGUCAGGUAAUCGAGCAGUCCUAUGGCGUUUGGCAUACAAAAUGCUUUCCACGUAACAGUCCACCAGAUUUGAAAGAGGUGCGGCAAAUAUGUAAAAAGCUUGGUUUCAGCCCCUAUAAACAGCCAAGUUACCGCAUAAUUGAUGAUGCAGUCAAGCAGGUGGUCGCGACAAAUGAGUGGCCCGAUCAACGGGGACGCAGCUUCGGCGAUGACGAAGAGUCACCUUUAGCCGAACGUUAUCGUAGUGCCACUAAAGCGGUAGUGGUGAGUAAAUUCUCACCGCUGAGUCUUAACGAAGAGUUGACGCUAUUCCUGAAGCCCAGCAGGCCCAUCGCCGAGGUGGCGCACUGGAAUGCGACCGACUCUGACAAGUGUUAUAGGCUAGAAAUAAAGUGUAUGUAG